AUGGGCCUUAAGCCAGAGACUCUCAUCUUUCGGAAGUUUGUUGCGCUCAACGCGCGCAUGCUCUUGUACAUGCAAGCAGAGCUCGCUAUUCUCGAAAGUAAUCUCCAAGACACAGAAAGAAAGGAUAGAGCGAAUGCGAAAGGCAACAAACAUCGGUACGCGACAAGCUACCUGAAACUGUUACAGAGCCCGAAAGAUGGGGAUUCAUACCAGCUCGAGCUGCUCGCCAACAUAUCCACCAAAUUGGAGAAGUAUACUGACGGUCCUGGAGAUCAGGCGUUGUUGCAGCAGCACAGACUGUUUCAGAUACCCGAACCAGACCGAUUCGACCUGAACGAUAUCUACCGCCUACUACAAAGUGAGGACAUGGAGAGUGGAGAGCUGGGGGGUCUCGACGCUUUAUUCUGGGGUCAUCCUGACGAUCCCGAGAACUAUGCACCCGAUCUUGUCGGUGUCUGUCCCCGCGAGCCUGCCGAUCCGUUCUCUCGUUGGGUGUCAGAGAAUGCCAUUCUUCUCUUUAAGUGCGGUCUCGGACGAUUGAAGAAGACCGACAAGUAUCACGGACGCCGGGUCUAUUAUGAUACAACAGUACUGAGGGUCACGUCGUGGAUAACGUGCAUACUAGCAUCGCUGCUGCCAAUUGCGUCAAUCCUGAUACUGUUACAUCUGGACACUUUGAGUGUGAAGUUAUGGGUGAUCGGCGCUUUCAACGUAUUGCUGAGUGUCUGCUUGAGGACACUGACUGAGGCCAAACGCGCUGAGGUGUUCGCUGUGACUGCCGCGUAA